UAUAUAUUUAUAUACGCCCUAUCUAGUGUGCCACAAGUAUAAAAGGGGUGUAUCACUAUUAGACUAUUCCGUUAAUAAAUGGGUGGUAUUAUAUUUGGGCCUGGCAUUAAAUGACGUGGCCAAUCAGUAAAUAAAUGUUGAAUACACCGAUGGGCCCGGAUCUUCAAUGUCUGCAUUUACUUGAACGGGAACCUCUCCCCAUCUCCCCAAGUGUGGAACCACCCCCUGUACGUUACGCCGUGGCGUGCGUGACGCAUACUUAUUCUGGCACCCCUGCAUGCACUUUUGACUACGUUGAACCUGUAUACCUAUAUAGUUGGUAGUGGUACAUGUGAAUUGUGUCGGUCGUUGAUUCGUCGGCAUCAUUGCUGUAAUAAUACAUGAAUAGAAAAAAAGUCCUACUCUGCCCCUCCUUCUCUUCUUGAUGAUGAUGCGCGAUGCGCACGACAAACCAACAGCCAGAGGUUUAUAGGUGUGACGCCGCCUCGUGUCGUGGCAGUUGAAACGGCAACGUAAGUAAGUAAACAAAUGCGGGCGGUGUGCAGUCACAUCGUAGGUAUCGUCACAGGAAACAAAAAAAAAAAAAGCCGGUCGCAAUUCUAAAAAAUACUCAUUUAACUAACGUGCAGCUGCAGUUGGGGCUUGGGCUGACAGAAUAAAAUUCCAAUCUACCAAAAACCACAUUGGUACUUACAUCACGUAUAAUUCGUGCGACGACGACAUUGUCCACCUUAAAUACAAUAAGUUAAUCGAGUUUAGGGCAUUUAAAAGUUCAGUGCCUCCCACGCACACAUACAUAUUUAUAGAUAUAUCUACCAACCAUCAGGGAAGUAGGUAGUAGGUAUAGUGAAAAUAAAAAAGAAAGCGAUAACCAUCAGCAGUCGGUGCCCGGGACGUGUGCAUGCGCACCUUCACGUAAUAUAUUUUACAUACAGACGAAAAGGAAGCCAUCGGUUAGCUUGCAUCAGUCUACCGUCGACGUCAUCUUCGAGAGUCGGCGCGUACACGCACGCGGUGCAGGCCAUGCACCACCAUCAGUCCACAGUCGGUGGAAUGGCUCGUAGCAAGUCGGCACUGAUCCUGUUGCUGUUGCUGCUGGUCCAUCAGUCCACGGUUUUGAUAUUAGCGAGCUCGUCGCCCCAGGAGGAGACUGAGGAAGCGCCACCCAAGGACAGGCCCGUUCUGACUAGCCACGAACCCGAAGACGUUACUUUCUUGUACCAGAGUCCCAAGCCCGCCGGACCCGUUUAUCUGAUCGAGAACUUCGACGACCCCCAGGCCUUUGAAAGAGAUUGGAUCAAGUCCCAGGCCAAGAAGGAGAAUGUCGACGAGGACAUCGCUAAAUACGAUGGUUCAAAGAUAUACCUUCAUAUCCAUUUAUCUUGUGUAUCUCACUACUUGUAG